GUGAGGGAUCCACGCGCUUCUGCUUUCCUCACCACAUCCAUCCCCCUCAUACACACAUACGACAUGCGACUGCCAACAAUCGCCCUCGCAGCGUGCACGCUUCUCGCCGCGACACUUCGUGUUGCCGGCAGGCCCAGCAGACACUCGCUCUCGCCACGUCAAUCUGCCACUGGCUACGCAAACCCAACAGACAACGGUGGCUCGUGGCUGACAACAACUGCUGUCGGAUUGGGCGAACCCUUGAACGUGAUCAUCAGUGGCGAGAGCGAUGAAGGAGUGCUGAGCGAAGAGGGUGUCGUCGAGUACUUUCGCUCGCUAUUCUACUCGGAAGGCUCCUGCUUCAACAUCACGCUUGGCAAUGAGCAGGCGGCUAAUUUGGGUGAUGGCCAAGGCACCCUGAAUCAAACGGACAUCAAACGUUACAAUUACUACUUGGGCGACUCGGGAACUUGUUUGCAGAGCUUGAACGGCGGGCCACACUUUCGCUACUGGCAGCAAAGCACGACCAGAGCCUGGUUCCUCGCCACAAGCUAUUCUGACGACGCAGACACGAACCACAUGAUCAUUCCGAACGGUUACGACCUCAAUAGAGAUCAGCUCUCCUCCAACGCUACCAACGCCACCGGGACAUUUUCGCCUGGAGGAUUCGAGUACACGGCUACGCGGACGCAGGCUCCUCUGCUGGCAGACGUGCCCCUCGCAUCCAUCAACCAUGGUAUCGCUACAGAUGGCAACGUCGACAUUCUCACUGUGCGCAUUCGCAAGACGGGUACACUUGGAGCGAAUUCGAAUCAACCCGCCUCUGUCACCAACGCCCGCGGCGGCGGUUCGAGCGGGGCCAGCAAGAGCGUCGAAAUGAGCACAGCUGCUAUGCUGUUGCUUGCAGUCCCGCUUGGAGCAUCUUGCUUGCUUUGAUUUCCAGUCGUGGCUGGUGGACUUGCAAUCAUGAAUCUCCGUU